UGCGGCCGGGCCCGGGCGCAGGCAGCGGCGGCGGCGGCGGAGGGCGCGGAGCGGCUUGGGCCCGGCGCUCACCAUGCCCUACAAGCUGAAGAAGGAGAAGCAGGAGUCUCCAAAGUCUACCAAAAGCACCACAAAGCCUGGCAGCAGCAGCAGCAGUAGCAGCAGCAGUAGCAGCGGGAAGGAUGGUGGGACAGAGAAUUCAGAAGAGGCCCAGCAGCCUCAGCAGCAGCCACAACAGCAGCAGCAGCAGCAGCAACAGACAACUUCAAAUAAGCGACCCAGUAACAGUGCUCCCCCCCCAACCCAGCUGAAUAAGAUUAAGUACUCGGGGGGACCCCAGAUCGUGAAGAAGGAGCGCCGGCACAGCUCCUCUCGCUUCAAUCUGAGCAAAAACCGGGAACUGCAAAAGCUCCCAGCUCUUAAAGAUGCUCCUCCACACGAACGAGAAGAGCUUUUCAUCCAGAAGCUGCGGCAGUGCUGUGUGCUUUUUGACUUCAUCUCUGAUCCCCUCAGUGACCUGAAGUUCAAGGAGGUCAAGCGAGCGGGUCUCAAUGAGAUGGUGGAGUACAUCACACACAACCGUGACGUCGUCACUGAGGCCAUCUAUCCUGAAGCUGUUAUCAUGUUUUCAGUGAACCUCUUCCGGACACUCCCACCAUCAUCCAACCCCACAGGCGCAGAGUUUGAUCCCGAGGAAGAUGAGCCUACACUAGAGGCUGCCUGGCCACACCUUCAGCUGGUGUAUGAGUUCUUCCUCCGGUUCCUGGAGUCACCUGACUUUCAACCAAACGUAGCCAAGAAGUACAUUGACCAGAAGUUUGUACUAUCUCUGCUGGAUCUCUUUGACAGUGAAGACCCCAGAGAACGAGACUUCCUGAAGACUAUUCUGCACAGGAUCUAUGGGAAGUUCCUGGGGCUGAGAGCGUAUGUCAGGCGGCAGAUCAACAACAUAUUUUACAGGUUCAUCUAUGAAACAGAGCACCACAACGGGAUUGCAGAGCUGCUAGAGAUCCUGGGAAGCAUAAUCAAUGGGUUUGCUUUGCCUCUGAAGGAAGAGCACAAGAUGUUCCUCAUCAGAGUCUUAUUACCACUGCACAAGGUGAAGUCUCUGAGUGUCUACCAUCCACAGUUGGCUUACUGUGUUGUACAAUUCUUGGAGAAAGACAGCAGCUUGACAGAGCCAGUGAUUGUGGGCUUGCUGAAGUUCUGGCCGAAAACUCACAGUCCCAAGGAGGUGAUGUUUCUAAAUGAGCUGGAGGAGAUCCUGGAUGUGAUUGAGCCAUCUGAGUUUGUGAAAGUUAUGGAGCCCUUGUUCAGGCAAUUGGCCAAGUGUGUCUCCAGCCCACACUUUCAGGUGGCAGAGCGAGCGCUGUACUAUUGGAACAACGAAUAUAUCAUGAGCCUGAUCAGCGAUAACGCAGCCAAAAUUCUCCCCAUCAUGUUUCCAGCACUCUACAAGAACUCCAAGAGUCACUGGAACAAGACAAUCCAUGGGCUGAUCUACAAUGCACUGAAACUGUUCAUGGAGAUGAACCAAAAGCUUUUUGAUGACUGCACGCAGCAAUACAAGGCAGAGAAGCAGAAGGGAAGGUUCAGGAUGAAGGAGCGAGAAGAAAUGUGGCAGAAAAUAGAGGAGCUGGCCCGGCUGAACCCCCAGUACCCCAUGUAUUACGCACCUUCAUCGUUGCCUUCUAUCUGCUGCAUGGAAACGGAGACCCCGACUGCGGAGGAUAUACAGCUGCUGAAGAAGACGGUGGAGACAGAAGCUGUGCAGAUGCUGAAAGACAUUAAGAAGGAGAAAGCUUUGCUGCGCCGGAAAUCUGAGCUUCCUCAGGACGUCUACACUAUAAAAGCCCUGGAGGCCCACAAGAGAGCAGAAGAGUUUCUCACCUCAAGCCAGGAGGCUCUCUGACGGGCUCAGGAGCUGGCCCGGGAAGCUCUGCCCCAUCCCUUUCCCCCAGGGGUCACGGAAAUGCACUCGGUUCUCAUGUAUAAAUAAGGAAUGAACAUGGUGAGCUGUGCCUGUCCUCCACUCCAUCCGCAGCCCUCCAGGGUAGAUCUGGGUUUACGUUAUAACUUGUCUCUCGCCACUGUCACGUCCUGCUUAUUCCCUCCUUCCUCCUGCUUUUCCGCCUUGGAUGUGUAAAGAGAGCCUGCCUGACCUGCGAUUGUAGCAGCCCAGGCAGGAGUCGCUUCAUUUCCAGCUGCCUCACGGUUCUUACUCUGCCUGGGGAGCCAGAGCCUCGCUGCCGUGAGACACGGGCUCUGUGCUGGCCAGAGACUACCAUGCGCGGCUCAGCAUGCUGCUGCCAGCCCCAAGUGCCCACAUCUGCCAUGCCUGCCCCCGUCAGACCCAGCAGCGGGCAGAGGUCAGGCUGAGCUCGGGGCAGGAGCCUGGGGCAGAAGUUGGGGGUGGGGGGGGAGUUCUGCCACCUCUCGCCCUGCCUUGGGGUGCAGCUCUGCAGCUGGAGGGGCUGGCGCACAGCGGAGGAGAUGUUUGCUUCCACCUUUCUUUUGCUUCCAGCCCCUUGUUCUGUUCCCCUGUCAGUGGAGUGGGGGUUCAGUGCUUCACCACCCCCCAGCAAAGCUGGGUGCAAGCACUACAUGCUAUCUGCAGCCCUCCCUUUAGAGCAUCCUUAGAAGCUCUCUUACAGGAAAGUGAAUUCCUUCAGCUGUUUGUGUUGGUCCGUGCUGACUCGUCUCCAUCCCAGUGUCUUGGGUUAAUUAUGGGCCCAGAAUUAACUUCCCGCUUUGUAGCAGGUGUCAGCCACUGACUUUGCUUUUCUUCUUCCCCCUGCUUCAUUAAAAUACUCCUGCAGCCCUCCCUUUGUCACUGUAUCCCAUCCUUAGCUCUGCAGUGGCCAGAGUUUCUAAGAAGCUUGUGCUGCUCAAGUCAUUUCUACAAACUAGUGGAAGCAACAGAUAACACAUUAUGGGGCCAAGCUGAGUUUCUGAGUGUUCAGUUGUCUCCUCUUUGUGACCAAUGCCUAGGUGCUACUGCUGAAUUCGCUUCUGUGGGUGCUCUGAGCAAAACUUGCCUCGCCCUGUCACUUUGGCACCCGCCUGAGGCCCUUGUUAGUUAUCACGUGGUGCAUCAGGGACUUGCUGUGCUAAUUUAGCCUUUAGAGCGCACUUGCCAAUAGCCCAGGGGGUUGCACAGCACUUGAGUGCUACCGUGAUCCAGCUUUCUCCCCUCCCUCCAUGCCAGGCCAAGGUGCCACCUCUGAGAGGUGACAGAAAAGGGAGCCUUCCCUGCUUCUUACCUGCUGCGCUUGCUUUCUCCAUGCAUAGGCUUAAGCAGGUUUGCAGUAGUGCAGGGAGCUUAGGGGGCUGCUGCUCGCCUGACACCGCUUUGCAGCAUCAGAGGGUGCUGCAGAAGGUAUCUGCUUGUCCUCACCAGUAAACCAUUCCCAGGUCAGAGGUUCUGCCCCUCUAAAUCUUACCGCUGACGUGCAGCACGUUGUUGCUCCAACCCGAACAAAGCUGUUUUUCCCCCUGUGUAUCCCGUAGCCCCUGCCCUGUCUAGCUCUUUCAGUUGGGCCCUCCUCAGGGAUGCCACCAUCUCUUUAGGAGCAGCCGGCAGGCGCCAGUAUGUGCAAGAUCACCCACAGCCACCCAGGACCCCACCUCCCCUCCGCUUUGUGCAAUGGGCCAGUUCAUCAGGAGACUUAACGAAACACCUCAGGGAGGUUACUGCUUACUUUGAACAUUAGUCCGAGCUCACAGUCAGCUGCCAAUCAAUUACCUCACGCCUGGCACAGCAUGUAGACAUGUACCGGGCGCUGCUGGAUGGCACAGGGGAGCGACAGGUAGCUCGGGGCACGGCAGAGGCAAGGAGGAGGUCGCAGCAGAGGCUUUCCAACUCGGUCUGCUUAGCACUGCGCUAUUGGCCGCCGCCGCCUCACGGUUAGAGUGCUUACAGCAUGUGUGUGCUCCUGCUCCAGCCUGCUUGCUGCUGGGCAGCGGCUGCCUUUCCCCGCAGACGGAACACAGAGGCCCUGCAGGCUGGCAGUCCCCGGGGAAGGCUGCAGGGGCCGCGCCACGCGCAGGGGCAGGGCUGUGACGCCUGGCCAUCGCCUGCCGUACGGUUUCCGCGCUCUCAUAGCUUUGUGUGUCUGGAGCUGGGUCAGGGAACUGAACGCUUAGUACCUGUUACAUUGCCAUUAGUUUGCUGCCUAUCCAUUCCGGUGUCCUGGACAUCUAAGAAAGGGACCAUGCGAGAAAGGGGGGAGCGUGUUGGCCCCGCACCGCUCACCCGCAGACUGCCACACUACAGCUGCCCUUUACUCAAGACUUGGUUUCUAGCGUUAGUGCUGCUCAUUUCUGCCUUUCCCCACAUCAGCCAAAUGGACAGAACUGGAGCUGCCUCUUCCACUACACCUGGCUUCCUCCUCCCAAAGGGAACAAACAAAACUUAACUACUGCAUUUACCCCCUGGACACAAGUAUUAAGCUGCUUACAGUUCAUAUGUACAUAUGGUGUACUUUAUUUUCAGUAGAGCAUUACAUAGUAUGAAAGUGUUGGAUUUUGUACAGAUGUCCCUGUAUGUACAGAACUAAAUAAAACCAAUCUCUUGGAAAGACA